GGGGUUCUCACUGGAGAGAAAGAGAGUCUAGGAAGACUGCGAGCAAACAGUUUGAGAGGAACUGAGCUGUAUUUUCACUAUCAGUCUCUAAGGAAAAGUUUGAAACCCUGGAGACCCGCAGCAAGAUGUUGUUCAGACUCCCAAGUCUAUCUCCUGGAUACCUACGGUAUCUACAGACCCAGGCUACGGCGAGUGAGACCCAGAGAUCUGGGGACCUACCCCGUCUGGCCAUGCUCCUGGGGGCCUUGGGGAUCGGGGUGUGUGGCUACAGCUCCAGGCAGCUGGCACUGCACCACCGGCCCUCUGCCCGCGUGCUGACCUGGAUAGACGUUGGGAGCACCCCAGUGAAGGGGAGAGCCCCUUCCUUCAUGGACCUGUCUCAAAGCCACAGCAUCUGUCAGGACAUCCCACCUCCAGCAUUCGCUGGGCAGAAAGUGCCUUAAAACAACCACCAGAUCUAGAGUGCAUGUUUUAAUCCCUCAGUAUGCAGCACCUAGCCAGGUAUGGUGGAGCUUUACUCCACUGUGCUA